CUCUAUCAUUCAUGCAAUCUUUGACGUCUACGACCUUCAAGAUGAGUCAAUCAACCUUUUCGUGCAUCGACAACGUGGUGUUGUGCGACGCCUGCCUUGACUCCCACCCUCCCAGCUUCAUAUAUGAGGCAUCUUGUUCCCACAUCUACUGCGUGGAAUGCUUACGAUGCAUGUACAUUUCGUAUUUUAAUGGCAAAGAAUUCGCCCCGCGCUGCUGCAACACAAUUAUCGCCUUCGUAUCGCAGAUGGCCUCCGUAAUUGGCGAAGAUCUCUCUAUAGAGCUUAUUGCAAAACGCGCAGAAACAAAUAACCCUCACAGUUCUGGCCAUAUCAACAACAAUGCUGCCGUCGCUAUCUCCGAGAAUCACAAUACCUUCGGCAGUUCCGUUCCCACCUAUGAAGCUGGGUUGCCCUUUUGCAACAAGUGUAUGAAGGAUGGCAACGAGUCAAAAUCCUCCCUGGAUGAUAGCCUACAAGAGCCAGCUAAGAAACAAGGCCGAAAGAGCUUCUGCAAAUGCAAUACAAUUCUAGAAGACUACGAUAGCGACGACUGCACUGUAACAGCACGACCCUGCCAUAAUUGCGGAGAACCGGUAGAUGAUUGCGACUAUGACUAUUACACAGACCCUGAGAUUGAAAUUGCCGAGCUCCCCAUUCGCGAAACGAUUUAUAUAGCUCCGUGGCGUAGAGACGGCUCGACAGAAGAUGUGUCGACCGAGGAAACAACAGAUUAG